AGGCAAAGUGGGCGUGGCGCCUGCGUCAGGUCCUGGCGGGCGUAUAGUGAAAGUCCCCUCAUUUCAGCCACUUGCCUGCUGGGACAGGUUUGCUGCCUUGCUCCUGCUGUGAUCUACGGUGCGUGUCGGGGAGGGGACGCGGAGGGAGGCGCUGUGAUCAAAGUUGAAAAAAUGGUUGGCAUUACCCAGCUAAUGGAAGAUAAAGUUCUCAUGGCCUUUGCUUCCUAUGCAACAAUUGUUCUUUCCAAAAUGAUGUUUAUGAGUACUGCAACUGCAUUCUACAGAUUGACAAGAAAGGUUUUUGCCAACCCAGAAGACUGUGCAAACUUUGGCAAAGGAGAAAAUGCCAAGAAAUAUCUUCGGGUAGAUGACAGAGUAGAACGUGUGCGAAGGGCCCAUCUGAAUGACCUUGAGAAUAUUGUGCCAUUUCUUGGCAUUGGCCUUCUGUAUUCCUUAAGCGGUCCAGACCUCUCAACAGCCAUCCUGCACUUCAGACUCUUCGUGGGAGCACGGAUCUACCACACAAUUGCAUAUCUGUUACCCCUCCCCCAGCCAAAUCGUGCUCUGGCUUUUUUUGUUGGAUAUGGAGUUACUAUUUCAAUGGCUUACCAGUUGCUGACGAAUAGAUUGUACCUAUGAGGAGAACCGUGCAACUCAUCAUGCAAUUAUUUUCUAAGAAUUCUGCACUUCCAAUUUACAAUGAAUACUUUUUUAAGAUUUUAAGUGGGAGGGAACAGAGAAAUUAAAAUGGGAAAGCCUAGUCUGAUUAUUCACAUCACCUGUAUCCUUUAUUCGUGUGUUAUAUUUGUGCUAGAAAUUUAAUGUAAUACUUACAUCUUUUGCCUUAUUCUUGAAGUGCCUUGUUGUAAAUUUUGAUUGUAAUUUGUAACAUUCAUUCACCAUUUCAUAUUUUAAAUCCAUAAAAAGAGUGAGUGCAUGUAUGAGAAACCAUUAUUUCAAUAUUUCUGAAAUAGGUAUAUAAAAUAAAGAAUUUAAAGAAAA